CUUUACAAUGCCUCCCUAUGCUUUACCACACCUCUCUGUGCUUUACAAUGCUUCCCUAUGCUUUACCACACCUCUCUGUGCUUUACAAUGCUUCCCUAUGCUUUACCACACCUCUCUGUGCUUUACAAUGCUUCCCUAUGCUUUACCACACCUCUCUGUGCUUUACAAUGCUUCCCUAUGCUUUACCAGACCUCUCUGUGCUUUACAAUGCUUCCCUAUGCUUUACCAGACCUCUCUGUGCUUUACAAUGCUUCCCUAUGCUUUACCACACCUCUCUGUGCUUUACAAUGCUUCCCUAUGCUUUACCAGACCUCUCUGUGCUUUACAAUGCUUCCCUAUGCUUUACCACACCUCUCUGUGCUUUACAAUGCUUCCCUAUGCUUUACCAGACCUCUCUGUGCUUCACCAUGCUUUCACUGUGCUCUAUCACACUUUGCUGUGCUGUUCCUAUGGGACACUCUUCUAAGGGAUGCGAUGCCCUUCCAUUCUCCGUGUUAAAGCCCCGGUACCCGGAUGUCGCUCACCUCCGGCGUUUCUUUGUUUCUUUCCAGAGGUUCCAGAAUCCGAAGCUGGAGAAGGCGGAGCUUCUGGAGCUCACGGUGCAGUACCUUGAGAGGAGGAGCCUCACGAAACACAAGCACAACGAAAUUCAAAAGCAGGAGGCGGAACCUCCAAACCUGAGACAAAACUAUGAAGACGGGUUCAGAGAAUGCUUCUCCCAGCUGACGAACUUCAUGAAAACCGCCGACCUGCAGGCUCAGAUCCACUUAAUGGACCGGUUCCAGUACCACGGGGCUUUCCAGACCAGCACGCCGCACCUUGAAGCCUAUUUCCCGUCAACACCCCCCAACUCGACCCGUUUCGCCCAGCCAGACCCCCUCUCCCAGCACCACGACGCCUGCUUGAGACAGUCAGCGAUCGGGCUGGCAUUGACGCGCAGCCCGCAGGGCUCUCCACCGCCCCUGUCAGGGCGCUGCUACUCCUCUCCGUCCCCCGGGGGUUCCUCGCACAGCCCCGGCAGCUUUCACAGUUCCACGCCGGGUUCCAAGACCUUAAAUUACGACUGGUCCGCCUCCGGAAGCGGGUCUCCCUGCGACUUCGAUUUCAGUCCGAAUCAGAAAAUGACACGGCUGGCGGAGUCGCCAAUCCGCUUCGCCCCGACACAGAAAGUGUGGAGACCCUGGCCUUGACUGAAAGACUAUUACAGAAACAGAGAAUGCUUUAUAUAGAAACUCUCAAGUUGUAUAUUUGUAUAUAAUAAAGUAUACCGUACUAUAUAUAUAUUUAGCUCAAUUCUAAUUGCAGAUAUUUUUUAUGUAAAACGAGCUCUGGUUCCCUGCAGCUGAUUCAUCUCAAAACUUCAUCAAGUCGGGUUUUAAAGGCUCCCUGUGAUUCUGCCUGGACAGCUCGAUCAGCCCUGACCCGUUCCGCCCCCCCUCCACCGCUCUCUGUGUGAAGAGGUGUGUCCCUUCCCUCUGUCCCGAGUCUGUCUCCACUUAAUUCCCAAAUAGCGUGUCCUCAGGUCCUGGUUUCGGAUUUCAGAACACACAAAUAGAAAAAUAAAAAGACAUUUGUAUUGAUGUUGUUCCGCCAUUGAAGAGACAAAUGCAUUAGAACUGAUACAAAAUGUACAUACUCACAAAUAAUAUAUUUAUUUUAUGUACAAAUAUAUCUAUAUUUCUGUAUAGAUUCACUUUAUAUUUAAAAAAAACGUUUUUUUAAUGUACACAGUUAAUCAAAACAAAUAUUGUAGCCUCUAAAGUGACUUUUUCUUUCAUUACAGCUGUUCUAGACGGGAAUCCUUUUGAAUUUGAAGUAUUAUAAUCACUGUACAAUGUGUGGCAUGCAUAUUAAAACAAACUGUGCAGGACUGUAUUCGUAUUUCUGUCUUAAACAUUGCAAUAAU